AGCUGGAGAGGCUCAGACCUAAAUCUGACAGUAAAUCCAUUUAGCCCGGAGGUGACAUGGCCUGAAUGAUCUCUGCGGAAAGUUUCAGGAAAUGCAACAGGUGGAGCAGCCGUGGGGAAUAAAGCGUGGACUGCAGUCAGAGUUUCCACAACCUCCCGUAAAGUCAGCGGUGUUUUUAAUAGAGGAGGGAGGGCGAGCAGGUGAAGCGGUGAACGGUGUGUCAGACCGCUGCUCUUAUCCACACUCACCGCCGACAGGAACCGACCGGACCAGGAGGCAAACUAUCUGACGCAGGUCAGGUGCCACCAUGGAUGACAGCAGCCUGACUGACUCCAACGUUAAGGUCGCAGUGAGAGUGCGACCCAUGAACAGGAGAGAAAAAGAGCUGAAAACCAAAUGUGUGGUGGAGAUGGAGGGGAACCAGACCGUUCUGCAUUCAGCCAUCAGUAACGUGAACAAAGGAGACCCCAGGAACCAGCCUAAGGUGUUUGCCUAUGACUACUGCUUCUGGUCCAUGGACGAGUCCCAGAAAGACAAGUUUGCAGGUCAGGAUGUGGUGUUCCAGUGCCUUGGGGAGAGCCUUCUGAACAACGCUUUCAUGGGCUACAACGCCUGCAUAUUCGCUUACGGACAGACGGGUUCUGGGAAGUCUUACACCAUGAUGGGUUCAGCGGAGCAGCCUGGCCUGAUCCCUCGUCUUUGCAGCUCGCUGUUCAACAGGACGGUGAAGGAGGUCCGAGACGGAGAGACCUUCGCCGUGGAGGUGUCCUACCUGGAGAUUUAUAACGAGAAGGUCCGAGACCUGCUGGACCCCAAAGGGAGCCGCCAGGCGCUGAGAGUGAGAGAGCACAAUGUUCUUGGUCCUUAUGUGGACGGUCUGUCCCGCCUGGCCGUGGCCAGCUACAAGGACAUCGAGACUCUGAUGUCAGAGGGAAAUAAAUCUCGCACCGUGGCAGCAACAAACAUGAACGAAGAGAGCAGCAGGUCCCACGCCGUGUUCAACGUCACCCUCACGCAUACGCUGGUGGAUCUGCAGUCCGGGACGCGUGGGGAGAAGGUGAGCAAGCUGAGCCUGGUGGAUCUUGCUGGGAGCGAGCGAGCGACCAAAACCGGAGCAGCUGGGGAAAGGCUGAAAGAAGGCAGCAACAUCAACAAGUCUCUCAGCACUCUGGGUUUAGUUAUCUCAGCUCUGGCUGAUCAAGGAGCCGGAAAGAACAGAAGCAAGUUUGUUCCCUACAGAGACUCUGUGCUCACCUGGCUGCUCAAGGACAGCCUUGGAGGUAAUAGCCGCACCGUCAUGGUCGCCACCAUCAGCCCGGCAGCAGACAACUACGACGAGACGCUGUCCACCUUGCGCUACGCAGACAGGGCCAAGAGCAUUGUCAACCACGCCGUGGUCAACGAAGACCCCAACGCCAGGAUCAUCCGUGAGCUCCGAGAGGAAGUGGAGAAACUCAAGGAGCAGCUCACAGAGGCAGAGUCGAUGAAAGCUCCUGAGCUGAAGGAGCGACUGGAAGAGUCUGAGAAGUUAAUCCAAGAGAUGACGGUCUCCUGGGAGGAGAAGCUCCGCAAGACAGAAGCUGUUGCUCAGGAGCGUCAGAAGCAGCUGGAAAGUCUGGGUAUCUCCCUUCAGUCGUCCGGCAUCAGAGUGGUGGAAGACAAGUGUUUCCUGGUCAACCUCAACGCUGACCCCGCCCUCAACGAGCUGCUGGUCUACUACCUCAAGGAUCACGCUCGCGUGGGCUCAGCCGACUCGCAGGAUGUCCAGCUGUGUGGGAUGGCCAUCCAGCCAGAGCACUGCGUCAUCGACAUAUCGGAGAACAGCGUGGUGCUCACUCCUCACCGCGGGGCACGAACCUGUGUAAAUGGCGCGGUAGUCACCAGUCAGAUCCAGCUGCAUCAUGGUGACAGAAUCCUGUGGGGAAACAACCACUACUUCCGGAUCAGCCUCCCCAGGCACAGAGGGCGAGCGGCAGGCGAGGACGAGGGCGGUGGAGCCGCCAUGCAAAAACGCCUGAGCGCCGAACAGCUGGAGGCAGAUCUGGACUCGACCAGUGACGUCUCCAGUGACCUGAGCUUCAGCUAUGAGUUCGCCCAGACCGAGGUCAUGAUGAAAGGGAUGGGCACCAACGACCCCCUGCAGUCGGUGCUUCAGACCCUGGAGAGGCAGCAUGAGGAGGAGAAGCGCUGCGCUCUGGAGCGACAGAGACUGAUGUACGAACAGGAGCUGCAGCAGCUCAGACAGCGCCUCACUCCUGAAAGGCCCGCCCAUUUUUCAGACGCAUCAGCCGCCGCCCCGUCGUCUAACAAACGUUUGCGGCGCUGGAGCGAAGACAGAGAAGCGUUGAUGACCCGCAGCCUGCGGCGCCUCAGGCAGCAGAUAGUUCGGGCCAAAAUGUUGGCCGAAGAGGCCAGCUUCAUUGCCGAAGAGCUAAACAAGAGGACGGAGUACGUGGUGACCCUGCAGAUACCCGCUGCCAACCUGGACGCCAACAGGAAGCGUGAUGCGGUCCUGAGUGAGCCGGCCAUCCAGGUCCGUAGGAAAGGGAAAGGGAAGCAGAUCUGGGCCCUGGAGAAGCUGGAAAACCGGCUGGUGGACAUGAGGGACCUGUACCAGGAGUGGAAGGUCAUGGAUGAGGAUAACCCUAUGAUGAGAUACUUCAAGCAUGAAGACCCCUUCUUCGAUGAGCAGGAGAACCACAGUCUGAUCGGUGUGGCCAACGUCUUCCUGGCCUGCUUGUUCUAUGACAUUAAGCUGCAGUAUGCAGUGCCCAUCAUCAACCAGAAAGGAGAGGUUGCGGGCCGUCUGCAUGUGGAAGUGUGGAGAGGUACUGAAAACUCUGAGGACAGCGGCGCCGGACCCCCCGAACCGACAGCAGAGCAGCAGGAGCGCAAACUGGACUGUGUGGUGAAGAUCCUCCAGGCCACCGGUCUUCCUCGCCACCUCUCUAACUUCGUCUUCUGCCAGUAUCACUUCUGGGGCCUGGAGGAGCCGGUCUUCACCGCUCCGGAGGUGGCGUCGUCCAGCACGCCGUCUGCCUCCAGAGACCCUCAGUGCACUGUGGUCUUCGACAGCACCAAGGAGUUAUCGGUUCCAGCGACAGAAGAUCUGCUGGAGUUCCUGGCUGACGGCGCCGUGGCGAUUGAAGUUUACGGACACAAACAGGCCAACCAUCGCAGGAACCUGGCGCUGUGGGACCUGGGAGUGAUUCAGGCUAAGACCAGAUCCCUCAGAGAGAGGUGGAGCGAGGUGACCCGGCGCCUGGAGCUGUGGGUGCAGCUGGUGGAGCUGAACGAGGCGGGAGACUUCGCUGGCGUGGAGGUUCUUCCUGCCAAAGACGUCCGCACUGGCGGCGUCUUCCAGCUCAAACAGGGUCAGUCUCAUCGGAUCCGGGUGGAGGUGAGGCCGGUACCAGACUCCGGAACAAUGCCGCUCAUCGCUGCCUCCAUCCUAUCUGUGUCGGUUGGGGACGUAAAGGUUCGCCAGAUGUCCGUCUCCAAAAACAAUCGGGAUGAAGGGGAAGACAUGGACAGCUACCAGGAGGCGGACCUGGAGAGGAUGAGGGAACAGUGGCUGAACGCGCUCACCGAGAGGCAGGAGUACCUGGACCAGCAGCUGCAGAAGAUCGUCUCCAAGCCGGACAAGACGGAGGACGAUGUAGAGAGGGAGUCCCAGCUGCUAGAGUGUCGCCUGACCCUGACAGAGGAGAGGAACGCGGUGCUCGUCCCGUCAGAUGGAAGCGGCAUCCCAGGAGCCCCGGUAGAGAGGGUUCCUGUUCCUGGAAUGGAAACCCACAUUCCUGUCCUGUUCCUAGAUCUGAGCGCUGAUGAUUUUCAGUCCAGGCUGUCGGCCCCUCUGGCGGGGGGGCUGGACGCGGUGCUCAGUGGUGAAGAUGAAGACGACUUCUUUGACCUUCAAAUAGUUAAACACUUUGAUCCAGAGGUGAAGGCGGAGGCCUCCUGGGACUCCACCAUCCACGAGUGUCCUCAGCUUAGCCGCGCGGCGUCCCCCGAUCAGAGGGUCUUCCUGACCGUCCGCACCGUGGUGGGGCUGAGCCACCCGGCACACAUGGAGCUGGUCCUCAGGAAGCGCAUAUGUGUCAACGUGACGGGGAAGCAGGGAUUCGCUCAGAGCCUCCUGAAGAGGAUGUCUCAGCGAAGCACCAUCCCAGGCUGUGGAGUCACCUUUGAAAUCGUCUCCAACAUCCCAGGAGACAUCCAUGGUCCAGAGGACAGGGAGAUGCUGGCCAGGCUGGCUGCCAGCGCCGAGGACGAGCAGUCGGCAGACAGCGAGGCGGCCAUAGAGAAGUACCUGCGCAGCGUCCUGGCUGUGGAGAACAUCCUGACCCUGGAUCGACUCAGACAGGAGGUCACUGUGAGGGAGCAGCUGGCGGUCAGAGGGAAGCCUGCCAGACGCUGCCUGAGCUCUCCAAACGUAGACCGGCUGUCAGCCAGCAGUCUGGACCUCUACUGCUCCUCCAAUCAGAGGCUCGGUUACUUCAAGGGCUGGGAGAGCCAUCAGGACCUGUCGGCGGCGCCUCCUCCAUCCAGACGCACGCUGGCCAGCAGCGUGUCCCAGAACCUGAACGCAGAGACGGUGAGGGCCGUUCCCAAGCUGCUGAAGUCUCUGCUUCCUGGAGGGAAGGAGGACCAUGAGCAGACCGCCGUCCCUCAGCAGGUUUCUGGUCCAGAGCCAUUGGCGGGUAGGAUAGUUUAUGACCUGCUCUCUGAUAGUCUUCCCCGCAUCGUGGUGCAGUCGGCCAGUGUGGAAGAGGACAUGUCUAAGCACCAGCAGCUGAUUCCCAGUGAGGAAGCCGGUCCAGCAGAUGCUGAAAUGGAGAUCCACAGAUCCGUCCCGCUCCCACCUCCUAUCAUCCCAAACGUGGAGGACCCCAGCUCGGUUAGCGAAGCAUCUAGGUUGUCCAACAUGUCGGCAGCGAGGCAUUCGGAUGUCUACACACUAAGCUGGGACCUGGAGCUGGAGGAAGACGAUAAAGAGGCGGAGGAGAUCUCAGCUGAGAGUCUAGGUUUAACUAAAGAGCCAGACCAGGAUCCAUUCAGUCAGGAGACGACUCUGAUAGAGUCAGAUCUGAGGGAGCAGGAGCCAAACUCAUCUCUGUCAGUGGAAGUAAAGGGUGAGGAGGAAGCUGCUCCAGAUACAGAAAACCAGCUCACACUAAACCCAAACACGAGUGAUGGAUCCGGACUUAAACAGUCUGAAGGUUUAGAGAACCACACCGAGGGAGUGGCCGAACAAAACCAUGGAAACAAACAAGAAGGAAUCCAGAAGACGGGUCCUUCUGGUUCUCCAACAACACAUCUUGAUAUGUCCGAUAUAAAUGAGGACACCUGUGAGCGGUCCCUCACUACUAAAACACCUGACCCACAGGAUGAAGUCCUGCUGGAAUCUGUCCCUUCACAACACCUGGAACAAGACCGUGCAUCCUCUGAGGGUACUGAAGAACUGGCUCCAAACGCCAACCCAGCUACGACAGCGCCACCAAAUCAAGAGUCUGGCCCUAAUUCACCCAGAGGAGAAUCAUCGUCUGAUCCCUCCGAUACAAACGGUGUCCUUGUCCAACCCAAACCGCCUUCUGAUUCUUCCACUAACUCUGCCACCGGUUCCGCUCGGCCCUCCAAGUCCAGUUCAACAGCAGUCAACCCCUUCAAGAUCCAGAAAGUAAAGUCCUCAGACCUCAAGUCUUUCCAGCAGAUUGUGAAAGAAGAAGGUGGUAAACCAGCACAGAUGGGGCGGGUUGGAAGCCUCGGCACAGGACUGGACCUCUCUGUGCCGGCAGAGAGCCUGGAAAGCAUCUCAGAUUUGGAGGAGGGAGACGAAGCUGCUUCCAGUGUUCUUCCUGACUGGUUGAAAGAAGGGGCGUUUGUGACCGUUGGGACCAAUAAGAGCGGCACGGUGCGCUACGUGGGGCCCACAGAUUUUGCAGAUGGUACCUGGGUUGGAGUUGAACUGGAGGUACCAGCAGGGAAGAAUGAUGGUUCGGUGGGCGGGAAGCACUAUUUCCAUUGUAACCCUGGUUACGGAGUCCUCGUCCGACCUGACAGAAUUACCCGCAGCGGAACCAAACGACAACGCCAGAAGCAGAAGCGGCGUAGUGCCAACCUGUCCGGAUCCAGUCCAAACCUGGCAGCCCUUACCGCUCUGGCCAAAGGUGAGACCGGUCCAUCCGGCCGGGGCAGAGGAGAGAACCGCAAAUCAUGGAACUCUUGAAAGAUCUGCUGUAAAGGAGGGAGGGGGGCAGGAUAAGAUUCAGGAUCUUGCCCUUCGCUUUGAGAGCUGCUAUCACUAACUGACAUUUGCAGACAAGUAUUCUGGAGAUGAUGAAAGCCUCACCA